AGACUUCUCCACCCUCUCUCAUAGCUUUUGUAGACAGACAUUAUUCAGUAAAAACCCAUGCAACCUAUUUCCAACAUCGCUGCUGCUAGUGGUUAGUCGGCUAUUCUGUAAUCGCCUUUUUGUAGUUCGUAUGCAGACUCUGAACGUGACGCUGACCGAGGAUGGAAGACAAAGGAUUUUCAGCGUUUGGUCUGAUCCUCUGCUUUGUUUCCUUUAUGGCGAUCCACCUUGUUCAUGGAGAUCUGAGCUACUCGUUUCCAGAGGAGCUGAGUCGAGGAUCUGUUAUCGGAAAUAUAGCCAAGGAUCUAAGUCUGGAUCUGAGAGCUUUAUCUGAGCGAAAGGCCCGUGUGGAUUUUGAGGGGAGUCGGAAGAGCUACUGUGACGUUAACAUGAACACCGGAGAUUUGAUGACAUCGGAGAGGAUCGACAGAGAAAGCCUUUGUGGAAAGAAGCCUGCGUGCGUGAUUAAAAUAGAUUUGGUGUUAGAAAACCCUUUAGAGCUGCAUCGUGUGAGUCUGCAGGUGCAGGAUGUGAACGACAACUCACCGAAAUUCAAAAAGAAUUUGAUUGAAUUGGAAAUAUGGGAAUCUGCGGAAAGAGGGAACCGCUUCUCCGUUGAGGAGGCUCAUGACGCAGAUAUAGGUCAAAAUGGUGUGCAAAGGUACGUUUUGCAGAAGAAUGACAAUUUUAUUUUGGUAGUGGAAAACAAAAGAGUAGAACUGGUUUUAGAGAAUAAACUUGACCGAGAGAAACAUAAGGAAAUAAAUGUGCUGCUGACAGCUUUAGAUGGAGGAUCUCCUCAGAGAUCAGGUACAGUAGUUAUUCACGUCACUGUGCUGGAUGCUAAUGAUAACGCCCCAGUGUUCAGUCAGGAGGUUUAUAAAGCCAGUCUGCCUGAAAACUCUCCCUCUGAAACCGCAGUGGUUACUAUUAGUGCGACUGAUGCAGACGAGGGCAUUAAUGGAGAUGUGACUUAUGAUUUUGGUCAUCUUUCUGAAGAAAAUGUAAAUGUGUUUUCUAUCGAUUCUAAAACUGGAGAAAUUAGGGUAAAAGGUGUAAUUGACUUUGAGGAAAUUAAUUUGUAUGAAAUGAGCAUUGAAGCUAAAGAUGGGUUAGGCCUGACCUCUUAUGCUAAAGUAAUAAUAGAUGUUACAGACAUAAAUGAUAAUGCACCUGCUAUCUACAUAAAGUCCCUGUCCAAUCCGGUACCUGAGAACGCACCACCUGGUACAGAGGUGGGCAUCAUCAACGUGCAGGACAGAGACUCUGAGAAGAACCGUCAGGUCCGCUGCUCCAUCCAGCAGAACGUUCCUUUUAAGUUGGUUCCGUCUAUCAAAAACUAUUAUUCUCUGGUGACCACAGGACAGCUGGACCGUGAACUAGUGUCUGAUUACAACAUUACAAUCAGUGCCACUGACGAGGGCUCUCCACCUCUGUCCUCCUCUAAAACAGUUCAGUUAUCUGUAGCUGACAUCAACGACAACCCACCUGUGUUUGAGGAGCAGUCCUACAGCGCUUAUGUGAGUGAAAAUAACAAACCUGGCUCCACUUUAUGUUCCGUUAGUGCUCGAGACCCGGACUGGAGACAAAACGGUACCGUGAUUUAUUCUCUGUUACCUGCUGAGGUGAACGGCGCGUCGGUGUCCUCCUUUCUAUCAGUUAACGGAGACACGGGGGUGAUCCACGCUGUCAGGUCGUUUGAUUAUGAACAGCUGAGGAGUUUUAAAGUCCACGUGAUGGCCAGAGACAACGGUUCUCCUCCUCUCAGCAGCAACGUGACCGUGAGUGUGUUCGUAUCAGAUGUGAAUGACAACUCUCCUCAGAUACUGUACCCCGCCCCGGAGGGCAGCUCCUUCAUGACCGAGCUGGUCCCCAAAGCUGCACACGGAGGCUCUCUGGUGUCCAAAGUGAUAGCGGUGGACGCGGACUCUGGACAGAACGCCUGGCUGUCUUAUCAGAUAGUCAGAUCCACUGAUCCGGGACUUUUCACUAUCGGUGUGCACAGCGGAGAGAUCAGGACGCAGCGGGACAUUUCUGAAUCUGACAGCAUGAAACAGAACCUGAUUGUAGCAGUGAAAGAUAACGGACAGCCCUCUCUGUCUGCCACCUGUGCCAUGUAUUUACUGAUUUCUGAUAACUUGGCUGAGGUGCCAGAGCUGAAAGAUAUUUCUUAUGAUGACAAGAACUCCAAACUGACCUCAUAUCUGAUCAUUGCACUGGUGUGUGUGUCCACCUUCUUCCUGACCUUCAUCAUCAUCAUCCUGGGUGUGAGAUUUUGUCGCAGGAGAAAGCCCAGACUGUUGUUUGAUGGAGCAGUGGCCAUUCCCGGAGCUUAUCUCCCUCCAAAUUACGCAGAUGUUGAUGGAACAGGAACUUUACGCAGCUCCUACAACUAUGACGCCUACCUGACAACAGGAUCUAGAACCAGUGACUUUAAGUUUGUGUCAUCUUACAAUGACAACACGCUGCCUGCUGACCAGACUCUGAAGAAAAGUCCCUCUGAGUUUGAGGAUCCCUUUGAAGGAUUUAAUACAUCCGAAGAGGUAGGGCAUUUUAGAGCAUGCUUUUUAUUCUUUACCACUUGAAUGGCUUUGCUCAUCCAACCUAUUUUAUUUACACGUAAGUUGUCAUAAAUGUUGCUCAGCCUUACUGGCCUUCUAAUAGUUUUUAUGUUAUUAUCUUAUGAAGACUAGAACGAAAUGCUCAACUUCUUCACUUCAUCCAUUCACGACUGAUUGUGUGAAAUCGAUUUACAGAAAUAAUUACGUUUUUUGCAUAUUUAG